UAUUGAAGUAGAAGAGGACCCCCAACUUCAGUAGAAUAACACCAGUGCCAUUCAGCCUAAAACCUCUGUUUCGUUAGGCCGUACAGUUCUCUUCGUUCAAAGGCCAAGGGGCUGGAAUUGUACGUAGAAGGGCAUUUUUCAUUUCGGCUUUUGUCUACAUGGGAUAACAGAUGAAGGAUCUUGAGGUCCCACAAUCCCGGAAAGGAAAAUUUGAGAAAAUGGGUCAAUUUCCCAAACAACCUUUGUUUUGCCUGAAAUGGCCAUGGGACAUCCAUGAAAAUCCUAGAAAUUCCAACACCUGCAGCUUUGAGGGUCCUUGGAUAUUCAAAUCCUUGCAAAGUCUUGGAUCUGUUGCUUUCAACAUCGCCAACUCUGUUUCGAAAUCCUCGUAUCCUUGGAUCAGUACCUUUAAACCCUUCCAAUUGGAUGCUGGGACCAACCAAAGUCAGAGUUUGAAGUCAAAAAAGAAGAUCUCUACUCCUGAAGAGCAAGGAGAGGCGGAGCAUAGAGCAUUUGCCUCAGCUUUGGCAACUGGGAAAGAGGCUACGGUGAUUGAGUUCUACUCACCAAAAUGCAGGCUAUGCAAUUCUUUAGUUAAUUUUGUUACAGAGGUAGAGGGUAGAAACUCAGAUUGGCUCAGCAUUGUCAUGGCCGAUGCAGAAAAUGAGAAAUGGCUACCUGAGCUUCUUCAUUAUGGUAUUACUUAUGUACCUUGCUUUGUGCUGCUGGACCAAAAGGGGCGGGCACUAGCAAAGACAGGCGUUCCAAGCAGUCGGCUACAUGUAAUAGCAGGUCUCUCUCAUCUUCUCAAAAUGAAGCGUCCCCACGAACACAAUAGCUAAAUUUAUAUUGUGCCAACUCGAACAAGAAGUAUCAUGUUUUUACUCAACGCAUUAGAUGGUGUGUAAUGGAUGUUUCGAAGUUCGCAUGCUUUGCACAUAAAAAGUAUUAUUGCAGGAAUGUAAUUUUGGAAGAAUCAUGGCUCCGUUUGCUAAUGUUUUGCAGAGGGUGUUCCUUUUUUCUUUU